UAUAAUCACAUUCUAAAAUUACUCUAUGAACUUCAUAAUGUGUUCCCAUGAGGUGAGAAAAUUCACAACGAUAUAAUACAUAAUUAUGACAACAUAUUUGUAACUGUCUGUACGAAGAGAACAUAAACGUCUACACACAGACAAAUUACUUCUCUACCUACAUAAACAGACAAUAUGAAUUUGUCUGUACGCUCAAAAAUGUUGUUUGUGAAGCUUCUUUACACCACCCAUAACAACCAUGAAGAAACGAAGUUGAAUCAACACCUACCUUGCUCAGCCUCCGCAGCUUUACCAUCCGGCACCCCUUCAUCUCCUUGUGUGGCAGCGGGAGUGUCUUCAACUCCUUCCAUCGCAGCCAUCAUCGUCUCUUCAUGUUCGCCCCUUCAUCGCUCCCUCCGUCUCAUGUCACCGGGACUCGGUCCGAAAAGAUCCUCCCAUGUCCAGCCAAUGCCAAGUUCGUCGUCGCCGACAUAGGUCUUAAUAGCUUCCAUGCUGCUCGUCAUCAAGGAAGAGGAAGGAAGAGGACAGAAAGUUUUGAGAAGGAAUUACAGACAAAUGGUGGAAUAUGGGACAAACAUUUCGUUGGAGGUUGUGAGGGAAAGGAAGGGGAAAUGAAAUGGAGGGUGGGGG